UAGCGCACAUGAGCAAAGCCUAGAAACUGAAAGUCAUUCCAUGCCCACUGGCUUCCGGCAUACUCACCCAGCGACCCAGCGCGCACCAUCUGGAAGCCCUCCUAGUAUUGCAAAUGCGACGAGUACAUUACUUCAUUCAGAAACUUCUGAACGAUCCACCAUGCCGAAAGAGCAGCACACGGAGCAUGUUUCUCUUGUUUCAAAAGUGCAUGGCAGCACGCCUGCUAAAAGUACAACGCGGCACCAUGGAUCACAGCAAUCAGCUGUAACGACCAGUACAUCUGAGGAAAGCCAGGCAACAGAGGCUCAUUCUAUACCACCCUCAUCAGAAAGUAUUUCUGUUGCUCAAGCUACAACAGUAUUCCAUACAAGUAGGCGCGCAGAAGACAUUACGCGCCCACCUCCGUCACGGCAAACAACUCACGUGAUCACUACACAAGAACAGAGUCUGGCAACCGUGGAACAAUCCGUGCCUGAUUCAUCUCAAUCUCCUACCGGUAUUGAGACAACUACGGUGACCCACACCGAAAGAUCAGAAGAAACCACAUCACCAUCAAUACAAGCUACGGAACGUGCUCUGAAUGCUUCAACGGCUCAUUCAAGUACACGUUCCGAAAGCACAGCACACACCUCACGGCAAACAGCUCACACAGGCAGCACACAAGAACAAAGCCCAGCAACAGAAGGUCAUUUGUUACCUAGCAGCACAGCUCAUACUCUCCCAUCGUCCCAGCAUACAUCAUCUGGAAGCCCCUCUGGUAUUAAGCAUUUGACUAGUACAUCACUUCAACAAGAAGCUUCCGAACAAACGACUGUGACGGCAACAGAAGCAACAGAGCAUGCUUCAAAAGCCCAUACGAGCAUGGCGACAGCAGGUACAUCGCACCCAUCUCUGUCGCACCAAUCGGUUAGCACGCUUAAAGAGAGCCUGGCAACGGAUGAGCAUGCCAUGCUGUCAUCGUCCGAAAGUCCUUCAGUUACGGAAGCCACUACGGCGCACCUUCCCAAAGGCUCGGAAGAAACCAUUGCGACGUCAACAUCAGUUGAAAAGGAUGUUACAAAUGCCUCGAUAGCAUAUGUAAGUACGCAUGCUGAAAGCACAACACACCCACCUAGGUCACGACAAACCGCUCAUAUCUCAAGCACACAAGAACAAAGCCUGUCGACGGAAAAGCAUUUUGCACCCACCAGCUCUUUGCAUACUCACCCAGCGACCCAGACUGCUUCACCUGAAAUUCCCACGACUGCAAACCUUCGUUCAACAACAUCCGAGCAGACCUCUGCACCGGCAACAAAACCCACAGAGCAAGGACCGCAUAUUACACAAGCUCUUACUGGCACGCAUACUGAAAGCACAACGCACCCACCUGUGUCUCAACGAUCAGCUGGAACGGUUAGCAUGCCUGAAGAGGGUCAGGCAACAGAGGGUCCUUCUAUAUUACCUUCAUCAGAAAGUCCUUAUGCACAGGAAGCUACAACGGCAUUCCAUCCCGAAACUUCAAGGCAAGCAGCAUCUCCGACAGCGGAAACGACAGAAUACACGUGGAAUGCUUCACAAACGUAUUCAAGCAAGCGCGCAGAUGCCAUUACCCAUCCACAUCCGUCACGGCAAACAACUCACGUGACCACUACACAAGAACAAAGUCUGGCAACCGUGGAACAGUCUAUAUCUGCUUCAUCCCAACCUCCCUCCGGUAUUGAAACAACUACGGUGACCAACACCGAAAUGUGGGACGAAACCACAUCAUCACCAACACCGACUGCGGAACGUGCUUUGAGUGCUUCAACGGCUCAUUCAAGUACACGUGCCGAAAGCACAGCACACCCCUCACGGCCAGCAGCUCACACAGACAGCACACAAGAGCAAAGUCCAGCAACAGAAGGCCCGUUGUUACGUACCAGCCUCGCUCACACUCUUUCAUCGUCCCAGCGUGCAUCAUCUGGAAGCCCCUCUGGUAUUAAGCAUGUCACGAGUACGUCACUUCGGCCAGAAACUUCCGAGCAAACCCCUGAGACGGCGACAAAAGUUACGGAGCAUGUUUCCCACGUUUCAAAGGUCCCAUACGAGCACGCAAACAGCAGGUGCAUCGCACCCAUCUGUGUCGCACGAAUCGGUUAGCACACCUAAAGAAAGCUUGGCGACGGAAGAGCAUGCUAUGCUGCCAUCGUCCGAAAGUCCUUCAGUUAUGGAAGCAACUACGGCGCACCUGCCGAAAGGCUCCGAAGAAACCAUUGCAACGUCCACAUCAGUUGAAAAGGAAGUUACAAAUGCUUCAAUAGCAUAUGCAAGUACGCAUGCUGAAAGCACAACACACCCACCUCGGUCACGGCAAACGGCUCAUCCGAGAAGUACACAAGAACAAGGUCCGUCGACGGAAAAACAUUUUGUACCCACCAGCUCUUCGCAUACUCACCAAGCAACCCAGCCUGCUUCAACUGAAAUUUCUGCCGUGACGACUGCAAGCCUUCGUUCAGCGACAUCCGGCCACACUACUGAACCAGCAACAGCACCGGCUGAGACACUUCCGCAUGUUUCGCAACCUGUCACUGAUGCGCAUGCUGAAAGUACGACACACCUUCCUAUGUCACAACAACCAGUUGGAACGGCCAGCGUCCCUGAAGAAGGUCAGGCAACAGAGGGCCUUUCUAUACCACCUUCAUCAGAA